AUGGUCAGCUUCCCUGCAUACCAACUUGACAGGUAUCUGAAGAUUCUCGUCCAAGACCUCAGCAAACAUGUCGCUAUUAGCGACGAGUAUCUCAAUGAUGCACCGACAAAGGCGAAGGGAGAACCACAGUACACCAGGCGAGUGUCGCGCAUCGUGACACCAGGUACUCUGAUCGAUGAACAUUUCAUGGACCCAUGGGAGAAUAACUAUCUCCUCAGCAUUUACGUCAAUCCCGAAGUACUUACGCAAGAAAAGGCUGUGAAGGAGAGUCCUGGCAGUUCGAGUGUCUCUUCUGUUCUCAACUUACCCCGUACGGAGGUCGGCCUGGCCUGGAUUGAUCUGUCAAGCGGCGACUUUCUUACUCAAAGUACAGAUAUCGCAUCCUUGCCGUCAGCGGUAGCCCGUAUCAAACCGCGAGAAAUUGUACUAGACAGUAUCUUCCAAGAGCGGGAUCACUCACGAAUCGUUUCGAUCAUGCAAGAAGACGGACAUGUCAUCACAUUCCAGGAACCCUCAGAAAAGCCGCUCACUAUCGACGACUGGAUACCCAUGUUGGAAGACGUCGUGGAAGACUUUGACACGGUCAACUUCACUCCUGGUGAAGUCGCAGCAGGAGGCUCGUUGUUACAUUACGUCAAGCAUCAACUGCUUGGUUCACGGACACGACUGCGCGCGCCAGUGCGACAUCAAGCCGAGGAGUACAUGAGUAUUGAUAAGAACAGUUUGAGAGCGCUAGAGAUCCGAAACACCAUUCGCGAGGGUACUUAUGAAGGAAGCUUGCUACAUGCACUCAAGAAGACGGUCACCAAAAGCGGUACUAGACUGCUUACGGAACGCUUGUGUAAGUAG